UUCACAGCAACUAUUUGGCUUGUGUCAAAACGAAUCUUUCAACUUCUUUGAAAUUACAUAAGUUGUGUGUGUUGCACGUCCAAUUGUUUUCAUAAUGGUUCUGAAAUUUGCAUUCAAGGUUGUAAUUGCAUCGACUGCAGUUUAUUGGACAAAUCAAUUGGAAGUGUGGUCACAGCUGAGCCGAAAAGAACGUGCAUAUGAUAAAUUGAUUGCUUGUGCAAAGGCAUACAUCGCUAAAAAUACACCAGACUCACUGAAAUUGAAGGUACAAAAAGUGCAGGAUGAUAAAUUGUUGCUUUGCGCUACGACCAAUUACUACUACAAUCAAGGUGUGAUAAGCACGUUCGAGGCCCUUUCCAAUUUACCAAAAACUGUUGGCGGAUUAUACGAUCAAGCCGUCGCUAAAUUGAACUCUGCCGCACAGACACCGGACACAAAACCAGCUAAAUGAAUAUAGAAUGGAACAAAUUAAUACAAAUUCGAAAUCGGGUCAACAUUAUUGAAUUAGGCUUAGUUGUUUACGUGAUUGAAUGAAUUCCUCAAGAUAUUGUUUUAAUGAGAAAUUUCAUCUGGCCGUAAUCAUUUUUUUUGUUGUAAAUAUCUGAAGUAUACAAGUGUGAUUUUGAAAUCCAGGAUGCAAGAUGAAACAGAUCCAGAGAAGAUUUCCAACAGAGAGAAAUAAAAGUAUAAUUUCAAUAUUACAAAAAUAUCGAUAAAAUGACGGAAAUAAAUGAAAAUGGAAGAGAAAAAUGUUUGUUUUCAAUGAGAACAUUUUUUUUUAUUUAUUUUCUUUUACUCUUUGUUUUACAACGUAUCAAUAAAUGGCAACUGCUUUUUUUAUUUAAUA